AUGAGAAAUCUUGAUAUCUUGCCAGAGGAUCGUAAAAAGAGGUUUCUAAGUUGUGUUGAAGAGGAUAGAAUCAGUAACCUGCCAGAGCAUUUGAUUGACUCAAUCUUAGAGCGUCUCUCGGUUCAAGAUGCCGUAAGGACAAGUGUUCUAUCGAAAAGGUGGAGGUACAGAUGGACUACAAUGACGUCGUUGGUCCUUGACGAGCAAUUCGCCAAAAAAAUUGUAAAAUAUGUAGCUUUCGGUCUUAAUGGGUUUAUAAGGAUCGUAAACCAAAUCUUGAUUCUUCACCCACGUGCUAUAUCGAAAUUAUAUCUCUAUAUACCGAAUAUUUCUCUUGAUGGCUUCCAAGAAGUGCAUCAAUGGAUGUUAUUCCUAUCAAGAAGCAGUGUCAGGGAACUCGUCCUUAUUAAUGCAAAUUCCCUUUAUCCACUUCCAUCUCAUGUGUUUUCUUGCUCAGAAUUGAAGAAGUUGAAACUUAAGAACUGUAUCUUCAACACACCUCUCGAGUUUGAGGGUUUUCCCAAUCUUAAAGAUCUUUUUCUCAAGAAUAUUGUCUUUGGGCCUAAUUGUUGUGUAACUAAGGUCAGUUUACCACGACUUAGGAAUUUUACCCUGUAUAAUUGCACACUCACUUGCCCUGAUGCCAUGUUGUGCCGGUUAGCGAAUAAUCCAAGCCUAACUGUGGUUUGUAUAACUUUACGGAAACCCAUAGAAAAUAUUCUACGAGUCGAAUACAUGAAUCUGGCCAGGUUGUUAAGUAUCUUGCCCAAUGUUCAACGGUUUAUCAUCGAUGGUCAUUUUAUCAAGUUUCUGAGUGCAGACAAGAUGUCGAAUUGGCUUCCUCAUGCAGAUAAUAGUAUAAAGUGGAUGUGGUUGUUAGAUAUUCAAUUUAGUGAUAUGGAUCAAGUUCAGUGUGUUCUUAGUUUGCUUCAGACCUCACGGAAUCUAGUAAGACUAGGAAUCCAUUAUUCUCCAAUGCCUCAGGGCAUGCAUUACGAUGUAGAAACGGCUUUAAAUCAUCUGGAAUCCCCUAACUGCUUUGGUCGGACAUUGAAUCAGUUGGAAACCGUGAGCAUAGAAAGCUUGACAGGAUCAAGAACGGAACUGCUUUUUAUAAAGCUCUUACUUGCUCAUUCCCCAUCUCUCGAUAAGUUGACCAUCAUACCGAUUAAAGCUUCUGAUGCACUUCUACGGCUUAACAUUGCUAAGGAGAUUAUGCGGUUCCCUCGAGAGUCACGACAUGCAGAAAUCAUCUACUUGGAUCCCUGAUCGUAAACAUGUAGGAUGUGCGGUCUACUUUUCUCUCUUUUCUUUCCAAACUCUUGUUCUCUUGUGUUGAUCCACAUUGGUA